AGCACAUCCGUACUUGUGCCGCAGUUCAACGUUCACGCACCAGUCCAUGUGACAGCUCCCCAGGAGAGGUUGGAUAUUCAAAAUGGAAAAAAAGUAAAAAUAAAAGUAAAAAUAAAAAAACCCAAGAAAAAAAAAACGAGAAUAAAAGCCAAGAGUCAGCCCGUCGGAGUUCAUCCAGAUUGACGAAACUCAAGCAGAACUCGAAAACCAACAACAACAUCAUCCGGAAAGAGCAAGAAGAUCUAGGGAUUCCAAGAUCAGAGACAUGGCAAAACGAAAGAAAAAUAGAACGCACAAGAAGGCACGAGAGGCUGGAGCAGCGGCGGCAGCAACCACGGCGAAAUCACCAAAAUCAUUUAUCAUCAAGUCCACAAGAGCUCACCAUACAUCAGCCUCAGCAACACGAUCCCCACAUCAUUCGACCAGUCUCAAUCUCUUGGUCAAAGAUUUCAGGAAGGUCAUGGAGCCCAACACUGCUUCUCAUCUCAGAGAGAGAAAGUCGAACAAAUUUAAGGAUUUCCUGGCCAUGGCUGGCCCCUUAUCAGUCACCCACAUCUUAGUCUUCUCCCAAUCAGAGAUGAGCACGGCCAAGCAAUUGGAAAACCAGUCCGCAGAAACCGAAUUGAUCUCCAAUCUUAAUCUCAAGAUUUACAAAGUCCCAAGGGGCCCAACCCUCACCUUCAAAAUCCUACGCUUUAGCCUCAUGAUCGAUAUCCUCAACUCUGAUAAACAUCCUCGCAGUCCUGGGGCUGAAUUUAAAACUGAACCUUUGCUUAUUAUGAACAAUUUCAACCCGGACGCUAAUGCGACAGCUGAAGAUGUCAAUCGACUCAAUCUGCUAACGACGACAUUCAGGAACCUUUUCCCUCAAAUUAAAGUACACGAGAUCCAGCUUGUUCAAACACGUCGAGUCGUCCUACUCUCCUACAAUCCAACAACCCGCACGAUCGAUUUCCGGCAUUACCUGAUUACCGUCAAGCCAAUCGGGGUUUCGAAGGCUCUGAGGAAACUGAUGCAAGGAGUCAGUGUUCCUGGACAACGGACGGAUGUGAAGUCAGAUAAGCGGAACAAGCACCUAUUAGACCUGGGCUCGAUUGAGGACGUUGCGGAAUAUCUACUGGGAAAGGGGAAAGCUGGACCAGGCUCCACGGCCAGCAGUAGUGGAUUCACCGGCGCCCGAUCUGAGAAUACCGAGGAUGGAAACCAGUCGGAUUACGACGGCCUGAGUAGUGAAGGCGAGGACGAGAGCGAAGGCGAAGAGGCUAACGAUAGGAGGGUCGAGCUGCCCCAAAAUUACCUCGGAAGAGGCAAUAUCAAAAACACCAAAAAGGCAAUACGACUCAGGGAAAUCGGUCCUAGAAUGGAACUCGGCUUGAUCAAAAUUGAACAAGGACUGGGUGGUGGAGAUAUCUUAUAUCAUGAACUAAUCAAAAAAUCGAAGGGAGAAGAUCAACGAAUCAAGAAGAAGAUCAAGGAGAAGGAAGCGUUAAAAAGCCAACGGAAGAAAGAGCAGCAGGAAAACGUCAAGAGGAAGGCAAUGGAGAAGGAAGCCAAAAAGAAAUCCGACAACAAGGAAUCCAAGAAAACCGAUGUCGAAGCAGAGGGCCUGGAUGGAGCAGCUGAUGAAGACCACGACGAAGCUGGUGAUGAGGAUGGGGAGGAAGAGGAAGAGGGGAGCGAGAUUGAUGAGGAAGCGGAGCUGUCUGAUAUCUUUAGUGAACUGGCUUAUUCGGAGGCCGAGGAUGACGAGGAUGGUCACUCGUCAAGUCCAUCACCUGACCAAUCCGAAGCGGAAUCUGAUCACGAGAAGAAAGCUCCUCAAGUAAAAAAUAGCCGAAAGAAGGUCAAAUUUAGCAAAUCAUGUUAACCAUCCAAAACAGAUCAUCUCGUUCCUUGUUUUUCUUGGCUGCGUUUAUUAAUUUUCUCUCCAAAAUAGUACUACACAUCUUCUUUGCAUGGACUUCUCUUGAUGCGCCUGAAACUUAAAAGAGGGGGAGCAACAAGCUUCCAAUCAAUCAAUAACUUGAUUUUAAAUAACUGAG